AUGGCGCCGGUACACAAAGUAGCUGUCAUACAGAUGCAUCCAAAGCCCAUGGCAAUGGAGAAGAACUUCCAGAAAGCCGCAGACUUCAUCCGAGCAGCCGCAUUACAAGGAUCGAAACUGGCCGUUCUACCGGAAUACCAUCUCUUGAACUGGGUACCACACGAUCCAAAGUUCAAAGAAGCAUGCGGUCACUGGCGGACAUAUCUUAAGAAGUACCAAGACUUGGCUAAAGAAUGCAACAUCAACAUCGUCCCCGGCACUAUCGUGGAGCUCCACGACGAAGGCACCGACAACGAACGACUUCUCAACGUGGCCUACUUUAUCGACAACACUGGCGAGAUCAUCGGCAAGUACGUCAAGAAGAACCUCUGGGCCGACAUCGAACGGCGCCACCUUACGUCUUCUUCUAUGGACCCGCACCCGGUAUUCGAUACCCCGCUUGGCAGAGUGGGCUUGCUGAUAUGCUGGGACCUGGCGUUUCCUGAAGCGUUUCGGGAGAUGGUCUGUCAAGGAGCGCAGAUUAUCAUCGUACCGACGUUCUGGACACAUAGCGACUGUUCGAAAGAGGGUCUGGCGAUUAAUCCGACAGCCGAGGGGUUGUUUCUCGAUUCGAUGCUGACGGCGAGGUGCUUUGAGAACACCUGCGCCGUCGUCUUCGCGAACGCAGGCGGCCCACCUGGCAAAGGCUACGCAGGUCUUUCACAAGUGUGUGUCCCAUUUGCAGGACCGAUCACAAGACUCGGCAGCCACGCCGAAGGCAUGGCAGUCGCCGACUUGGACAUGGGAAUUCUCGACGUGGCCGAGAAGAACUACAACGUGAGAUCUGAUCUGGCGCGCAGCGAUUGGCAUUACAUGUACAGACACAACAAGAGCGAUACGAAACUAUAG